AUGGACUCGUUCUUCAGUCUUUUCGACCCUUCAGAAGGUAAUCAGAACAAGCAAAAACAUAAAAAGCACAAACCGGAACAGGAUACCGUCAAGAAGAAACCAGAAGUUGCCAAAGGACGCAGAAGAGGGCGCAAGUCAAACGGAAAGAACGAGACACUGCCAGAAGAGUCUUCUUUCCUCUGCGAACCAGAUCUCAGUACGGAUUUGUUAGUUAAAGAUGUCAGCUAUAUAGAGAACUUUAUUGAAAUCAAUAUGAAAGAAGAUGAUAAAAACGAUUUGAAUCAAAAACCAAAACGGCGUAACUCCAGUCGUAAAACACGCAGAAAAAAGAACAAAAUAUCUCCACCUAAAGACGUACCCAGUCCGACGUGGACACCAGAUACCGAAACCGAGCCAAAUUGGAACAACCAGUCGGCAAUACCAAAAAUUUGUGACGAUAAUAUUGGCAAAAACGUCAAUGAUUUGAAGAAAAUGAAGAAUUUGAGGAACGACAUCACAUUCCGUGAUAGAGAUGUUUAUAAUGUUAUAGAGAAAUUGGAGAAGGUUAUUCUAAAAGAUGACAUGUAUUUGGCUGGUGAUUUUGAUACAAACGAACUGGAGAAUGACGUGUUCUAUAGCUCUGAUGAUAUGGAGGAAUACCUUGAUGAUUCAACAUCAGAGCCCGAUGACUCAGGGGACGAGGUGUACGGCAGCCUACCGCCGGAACCACGAUUCGGGAAUGUCGAGUACAAAUUGCAGCUGGUCUCCCUCUGUGAAAGAAGGUUUCAGCAUCUAGUCACUCAGUUAAAAUGGCGUCUCCGUUCAGGAGGUGGAAGCGCAGUCUACGUAGUGGGGGUCCGAGACUGCGGAGCCCUAGUGGGGCUAAGAGCCAGAGCUCUAAGGUCUUCGCUGGUGUCCCUACGCCGUAUGGCGCAUGCUAUAGGAGCGACGCUCACGCACGUGACCGCUCGGAGAGUGGCGCCACAUCGGGCGGUCGCUGAAGUUAAUAUUAGGAAGUUACCGGAUCCCAAGCAGAGCGUGGAGCUUCGAGUGGCUGUGAUGGGUGCCAACGAAGCUGGCAAGUCCACCCUCAUUGGUGUACUGACACAAGGUGAACUUGACAACGGCCGAGGGAGUGCCCGCUUAAACAUGUUCCGACAUUUACAUGAAGUCAAGAGUGGGAGGACUUCUUCUCUGAGCCAUGAGAUACUUGGAUUUGAUGCACAGGGUAAUGUUGUAAAUUACGGAUGUUCAGAGCUGAUGACGGCAGAGAGGAUAGGCGAGAGGAGUGCUAAACUGGUCUCGUUCUUGGAUCUGGCCGGACACAGCAAGUAUCAGAGGACCACGUUACACGGAUUGACUGGUUAUUCUCCGCAUUACGCGAUGCUGGUGAUUUCGGCCACAGCCGGCAUCAUACCAAUCACAGAGGAACAUAUAAGUCUACUAUCAGCUCUGGACCUUCCGUUCUUCGCGGUGAUCAGCAAGUGUGAUAUCUCCACUACAGCCGUCAAGAGUCUACUGGACAGGCUCGCGGAAUUACUCGCGCCGACGAAUAAGAAACCUGUUCUAAUCACGGACGAGAACUUGGCAAGGAAUUGCGUCGCGCCACAGAAACUUAUAAUCGAUUCAUUGGACAACAGGCACGAUGUUAAGGAUGUUUGUUCGGAGUCAGAAAUUAUCCCGGUGUUUCCCGUGAGCUGUGUCAAAGGGAACGGUAUAAGCGCAUUACACGCUUACCUCCUGGCCCUACGACCGCCCGAGCACGUGACCACACAUCGAACUGAUGACGAAGAUGGCUGCGAAUUCCAAAUUGAUGAGAUCUUUCAUGUCGGUGACAGCACUUCGCCUGUUGUUGGUGGUCUGCUGGCUAAAGGAUUCUUAUGCGAGGGAGAUACUGUCAUUCUCGGUCCCCUGGAGGACGGGUCGUUCGCGCCGGUGGUGGUGCGCAGCAUCUACCGCAACCGCGCGCCCGUGGGCGGGGUGCGCGCCGGCGCGUGCGCCAGCGUGGGGCUCGCGGGGGGCGCGCCCCGCGCCGGCAUGAUAAAACAGUUGAUAGAACAAAACAUAGCGGACAAAACAAAAUCUAGGAAGAACGUGAAAAGAAAUAAGAAUUUACUUCAGGAUAUUUCGAAAGUUGAAGAAUCUCUCAGCAAAGAUAUGGUUGAUAUGGAAGCGAACACUUUUGACCAGGAUUGUAUGGAAUGCCUGUGCCGUGACAAAGUGAUUCUGGAAGAUCCAAACGACCCAAGAGGAUGUAUAUAUUUCCAGGCGUCAGUACAAGUUCUUCGCCACUCCACUGCCAUCUAUCCUGGGUUUCAAUGCACAGUACAUGUUGGGAAUGUCCGACAGACAGCUAUAAUAGAGGGCAUCAUGACUCUAAACGCAGUGCUCCGUGCAGACGAGUCGGCGUCCGUGGUGUUCAGGUUCGUGCGCUGUCCCGAGUACCUCGUGAGGGGCAGGCGACUUCUCUUCACAGCAGGACUUGGCACAAGGGGAAUCGGCAGAAUCACACAAAUCUUUCCUUACGUACCUUGA